AUGCCUUUUUGUGCCAGUCUGACGGACGUGUUGUGUACUUAUUUCUUGUUUUAUGCCUCACACACGCAGCAUUCAACUCGCUUCUCAGAGGCGUUGCGUGUGUUGCACCUUUUCACUUGGCUCUGCGCCUUCUUCUUGAUCGCGUCAUUUGCCAGCAAUCUCAUCCCUUCAUACAUUUUAGCGCACGAUUACGAGGUACCGCCGCAGAAUCCUGACGAGCUGCUAGAGGCGCGAAAGAAAGGAGUCCCCUAUGAAUGGUUUUAUUUGAUGAAUGGUACCACAGUUAAGUCUGUAAAGGUGAGCACUUCUUGUCUUGGUCUCUCCUUCGGGGCACCCAGAGUGGCGAUAACCGACUUUGAGGGCCCUUAA